AUGUCGCAGGCUCCUGAUACCCCGCUUUUGACCCACGCUAUACCUCAUGCGCCACGGAUCGGGCGGGCUUUUCUGGCCGAUGCGAACACACAAUUUGACGGCGGAGAUGUGAGCUUCAUCGCAGUAUGUGGCAUACUUGUGUUUUUCAUGGUACCUGGAGUCGCUUUCCUUUACUCCGGCCUGUCAAGACGAAAGAGCGCACUGCAGCUCGUAUGGGCGGUAGCCGCCAGUAAUGCCGUCGUCAUCUUCCAGUGGUGGUUUUGGGGCUACUCCCUUGCCUUCUCGUCAACAGCCACAAAUGGGUUCAUCGGCAACCUGCGGAGCUUCGCCCUUCGCAAGGUUCUCGGCGAUCCUAGUCCAGGAUCACCGCUCAUUCCGGAGCUGCUGUACAGCUUCUACCAGAUGGAGUUCGCAUGCGUGACCGUCGCGAUCCUCAUGGGCGCGCUCGCAGAGCGCGGGCGUGUGUUCCCUGCCAUGGUCUUCACCUUCAUCUGGAUGACCAUCGUGUACUGUCCCAUCGCGUGCUGGGCGUGGUCGACGAACGGCUGGGCGUUCAAGUGGGGCGUUCUCGACUAUGCCGGCGGAGGCCCGGUCGAGAUCGCGAGCGGUAUCUCCGGACUGGCGUAUUCCUGGGUCCUGGGCCGUCGGAGCGAGCGCGAGCUGCGCAAUUUCCGCCCACAUAACGUGUCGCUCGUCGCGCUCGGGACGUUCGUGCUCUGGUUCGGAUGGCUAGGGUUCAACGGCGGGUCCGCGUUCGGCGCGAACCUGCGCGCGAUCAUGGCCAUCUGGAACUCGAUGAUCGCGGGCGCCAUGUCCGGCAUCGUGUGGUGCCUGCUUGACUACCGCAUCGAGCGCAAGUGGUCCAUGGUCGGCUUCUGCUCGGGCACGAUUGCGGGGCUCGUCGUCGCGACGCCUGCGUCGGGGUAUGUGCCGCAGUGGGCGGCGCUCGUUCUUGGUAUCAUCGUCGGUGCUGUAUCCAACUACAGUACAAAACUCAAGUACUUCCUCCGAGUAGACGACGCGCUCGAUCUAUGCGCAGAGCACGCUAUCGGCGGUAUGAUUGGCCUGCUAGGCAACGGACUCUUCGCGGAUAGCGCCAUCAUCGCGCUCGACGGGGUGAACACGAGCGCGGUGGGCGGCUGGCUGAACGGCAACUGGAAGCAGCUCUACAUCCAGUUCGCCUACGUGUGCGCGUGCACCGCGUACUCGUUCGUCGUCACCGCGCUCAUCGCGCGCGGGAUCGACUGCAUCCCCGGCCUCCACCUCCGUGCGACGCCCGAGGAAGAGGGUAUGGGUAUGGACGAUGCCGAGAUUGGCGAGUUUGCGAGCGACUACAUCGAAGUCCGCCGCGACUAUCUGGACUGGACACCAACGUACAACGGCAAGACGGACAGCGACUCCGAUUCACCGACCGCUGCGGGCGACCGCCACGGUGUGCCCGACGUCGAGGUCACGCACGCCCAUCCGCAGAACGGUAGCGUCGCAAUGCAGCAGCUGAAUGGCAAAACCGCGAACGGGAACGGGUCGCUCCCGCCGAUAUCGGAGAAGGCCGAGACGAAGAGUGUUUCGUCAUAACGUUGGCUUCCCGGUGUCGUCUUUGGGGCUCCCACCUCUUUGCUGUCCGGCGAGACAGCCGUUCGUGGUGGAAGAAAAACUGCUUUCUGGGACGCGGCAUCGCGCUGUCGCGCUCCGAAGUUUUAUGUGUCUAUCUAGUUCGUCUACAUAUCUAAUACUACUGGAAAACGCGGGGCGGCGCGGGCCUCUCACGGAUGAUAGGGUCGCAUAUACUCGGAUCCUUGGUGUACCUCGUAGUUUGUUUUGCGAACACAUUCUAUGCCUUGG